UGUGCAGCAACAAGCCAUUUAAAAAAUAUUUAUUGUUGUAUCCAUUAGUUGAUACUGUUAUUCUUAUAAAAAAAUGUUUGGAAAGAAAGCAUUCAAGCUUAUAUCAGAACUAGAUUUAUCUAUGGAUCUUCUACCAUUUAAUGAAAUACUAGUAAAAGAAGUUCUUGACGAAAUGAAUUCUCUCUAUAAAGAAAAUUUGUAUGAUAGUAAUGCCAUUCGAAAUGAUGACAAUAUGACUUUAUUGCCAUCUGUACAACUUAGACACAUAGCAUUGACCAGAAACAAAAGGUGUCUUUUAGCAUAUGUAUAUAACAGAAUGAGAAAAAUAAGGGACCUACGUUGGGAAUUAGGAAGCAUUCUGCCACCAGAAAUAAACUCUAAUCUAUUAAAUGCUGAAGUCCAGUGGUUUCAAGCAUAUAACAAAUCUUUAGCUACAUACAUGAGAUCACUAGGAGAAGACUAUGGAUUUAAUAUAACAGCAAAUAUGUUGCCUCCAAAGACUCCUUAUGUAGAGGUGAAAUGUGUGACAGACUUUGGAAAGUUGGAACUUGAGGAUGGUCAAGUUAUUUUACUAAAGAAAAAUACAUAUCAUUUAUUACCCAGAGCUGUAUGUGAACCACUUAUACGGCAAGAAUCAGGUUUAAACAUUUGUCAGCCCGUAUGUUCCACGUUUCAUCAGGAAUUUCCCAUAUACAUACAUAAACUAAAAUCCCGCGUAACAUGUAGUAAUCGAACAGUUUAAAAUUCGCCCUCACACGAUGCGGUACGCCAUGAUCAUCUGUUACGUUAUUCGUUCAUAAUAAGUGUUUAUAUAUUUAACGUAUAAUUUCAUUACAGAAAUCUAUUAUUUAAAAAUUUCUUCUCUUUCAUCCUGGGACGACACAAGUAUGCGCUGAUUUUAACAUGGUUUUCGAUCAUUACACUUUCGAAGAGGUCUCCGAUUGAAGGUAAGCAUUCGCUUAAAAAGAUAAAUUUAAAUCAAGUGGAAAAGAUUCUUCGAUUAUGCCUGCCAUUUAAACGUGCGAUAUAAGUGUAAAAACAUUCAGAGUUGUAUCAGGACUAUAGUAAGGUAACCAUAAGUGGAACAAUCCUGUAUUUUAAUCCAUCUUCCCGCUUUGUCUUUGAGUCACCGUACUUUCCCAACUCUUGUACAGUUAAGGUAUCAUCGAUAUGACCAAUUUUCUUAGAAAAAGUAAUUAAUUGAUAUUUUGUCGAUUCGGUAGAUCAGUGGGUAGAAAGCGUUUCUCCUAAAGAAAGACAAAAAUCGAAGCACGUGUAACGUAGAUACGACGUGUUAAAGUUCACUGAAAGGUAUAACAAUGAACUCAUUGAUAAUAUUCGGGUAUAUCUAUCGGUGAACUGGUUUUCGUGAACGAUGCAGAGAUAAUAUCAUUUUCUGACCUUAUCGCAAUCAGGUUUUUCCCCAGAUAUCAUCUUACUAGCUAUGUUCUGACCGAAAAAAAAAAUGUAUGUCCAUGAUUUUGCAAUCAAGUACAGGAACAUUUUUUAUCAACUCUAGAAUUCUUUUCCUUUUGAUAAGAAAGAAUGUCUCACUAUCGUGUGUUGUUCCUCACGAACGACUGACGAAAAAGUUAAUUACAUCAUUGAUGAACGAUUAUAUAAUUCGUUUAUUAUCGAUAGCAGGAUCAAGAUCAUUAUUUUAUAGGCAGCUGUUUUUCGAUCGCUUGCCAAUGACUUCAUUGACCAAUCGUACAAUUUAUGAUUAGCGGAACUAUUAAAUUAUAGCGAAGCAACAACAGAUAUUUUAAUUUGUUGUAUUCAACAGGUGUUUCUUAUAAAUCCUGCCAAUGAUGAAUUUAGCAUAUCUUAUGAAACUAUUUUAUUUCCCGAAUAGAAAGCUAAACUUUCCUUGUAUCUUUUUAUAACAAUUUUCGUGUGAGGAAAAUCUGCUUUAUUUCACACCAGAUCCGUUUCAUAAUAAGUCGCAGAAUGUCUCGUAAAUUUAACACAUGAUGGAUGUCCUCUUUUUAACGUAUGUAAAUUCGUAGGAAAUACCUGUUGGCAUUUUAAAAUUUCUCGGGUAGUGUUAUCAUUGUACCGGCCGUUUGUGUAACGAACGAUAACAGGUAUAUGUCCUUUGUUUUACGACUGAAUGUCAGUAAUCAUUGGGGAAACCCGCGUUUAAACGACCAUGAAUAGGGCGGAGAAUUCUAUGUUGGUUUUGAAAACGUUCGUUCAUCUUCUCGGUAUAUUGUCAUGCGGUAAUAACCCUGGAGAUUACUGGUAAAUAUCGGUAGACUUUCCAAAUCGGAAAUGUCGGUGGAAUUUCCGGUGAGUUAACGCCAUGACGGAUUAGCGAUUCAAAAAGAAAGUAGAACAGUGAAAUUUACUCAUCUUUGUGUAGAAACUGCACAAUAAUUGCUUUUCAGUUGUUUGACAAUCAUCAUUUGAAAGAGAAUGAGAUAUAAUGAAAAAAACGAUAGAUAAACUGCGAGCAGGCAAACAGUUGCAUGAAAGAUGAUCUGUGUAAGAAGGUAUUUUCGAUAGGAAUAGAUAAGAAACAUUUUAAGACAUGAUUCUGGUAUUCUGGUUCAGGAAAAGAAUAUACAUCAACGAUACAAAUUAAAAUAUUCUCAUGAUACUGAUUGUAGCCAGAAUUGUAAGAUCAAGCAGGAAGUUCAGGUUCAAAUGUCCAAUGACGAAAAUGGUAUUUCGUCGGAAUACAUCCGUGCACAUUGUAAACAUUCUUGACAUUUAAAUAAAUACGAGUAAUGUUUACGGGGUUUCCGAUCCGGCUUUCUUUUUCUAAACUGGUUAUCUAAAGAAUGCCAAGUUAAAUCGAGUACACAGUGUACACGUACAGCUGGCCCUGCCAGAGGACGAUGGGUUUUCCCACCCCUACUCUAUUCCCUUUAACUGACUACCGCCAGAGGCGGUACUGUGCACCGCGGCCAUCGUCGAAGUCACUCGGCGUGUCAUCUAAAAUCUCUGAUCAGUUCGUUUUUAGACAGCGUGGUGGUUGCUGUUUCGACUGUAUACACGAUUACAUCUGUUUUUCUUACGCUUUCAUUUCGUCGAAACACGAAAUUAUCGUAUUGUUAUCAAAUAUUUAUCGGGCUUCCAGCUGUACAGUAACGGACAGAUUUUUCGUUUCUUCAUAAAACGCAAAAUAUAUCGUGGGAUGACGUAAACUCGCUCCGAUAUCUACACGAAAUUAGAGUCGAAACGAGAAUGCGACGACAACGAGAAAUCGAAUACAUAAAAGAAGCCAGCUGUUCAAUGGAAUUGAC